CUAUGAUUUUAUUAUACUAUAUAAUAAAAUAUAUAAAUAUAUAAACAUAGUACAUAGCUCGAAUAUUUUUCCAACAUAUACAAAUCCAAGGUGAUGUUUGUUGUUCAUCCGUUUCAUCUUCUCCAUUCUUUACUACCCAGAAAACCCCAUUUUCAUAUCUUCAAUUCCAUCCUAUUUUCUUGAAGUUUUAUCCUGGAUCCGCCAUUGUUGCCUUUUCUUCAAACAAUAGGUGUAAAACGCUUACCUGAGGUUGUAGUUUUCGUAAUAAUACCCAGAAGGAAAAUUUUUUUUGGGGGAAAUAGAGAUGAAAUGCUUCUAUUUCACGAAGGAUGAGGAAGAAGAAGGGGGAACAUUGAGUUCAAGGGAAUCGAAGGUUUCAUGGGUUCGUUCGUUGAGUGUAGCGUCAAGUAGUGUUGAUACAAGGAAGUCGAGGUCAGAUUUGGAUUCGGAAUCGAGGGAUUUUAGUGAAACGUUUGAGUUUUAUGAGUUUUUGACUCAGAGAAGAGCUAAUGAUCUACGAGUAUUUAGCUUCUCGGAGCUUAAAAUGGCGACAAAGGGUUUCAGUAGAGGACUGAUGAUUGGAGAAGGAGGAUUUGGGUGUGUUUACAGAGGGAUUGUUAGUGCUCCAUGUUCGGAUUUGAAAAUGGAAGUUGCUGUUAAACGACUGAAUCGCCAUGGAUUCCAGGGGCAUAAGGAGUGGAUUAAUGAAGUAAACUUUUUAGGUGUAGUGAAGCAUCCAAAUCUAGUGAAGUUAAUCGGAUACUGUGCAGAAGAUGAUGAAAGAGGGAUGCAACGUCUUUUAGUCUAUGAACUGAUGCGUAACAAAAGCUUGGAAGACCAUCUCUUGGCACGAGCAGCUGCUCCUCUCUCCUGGACUUUGAGAUUAAAAAUUGCCCAAGAUGCUGCUCGUGGAUUAGCCUAUCUUCACGAAGAAAUGGAUUUUCAGUUAAUAUUUCGAGACUUCAAGCCAUCGAACAUUCUUCUGGAUGAAGACUUUAUCGCCAAACUAUCAGACUUUGGACUAGCUAGGCAAGGUCCAACUGCAGGACUAACCCAUGUUUCAACAUCGGUUGUAGGUACGGUAGGCUAUGCAGCUCCAGAAUAUGUCCAGACUGGAAGACUCACUGCUAAAAGUGAUGUUUGGAGCUUUGGAGUUGUUCUGUAUGAGCUCAUUACAGGAAGGAGAGUGUUAGAACGAAAUCUUCCUCGAGCUGAGCAAAAACUAUUAGAAUGGGUAAGACCCUAUGUUUCAGAUACGAAGAAAUUUCAUUUUAUUCUUGACCCUCGACUUGAAGGGCAUGAUUGUAUCAAGUCAGCUCAACGACUUGCAUCACUUGCCAACAAAUGCCUUGCAAAGAAUGCAAGAUCACGCCCUAGAAUGAGUGAAGUCGUUGAUAUGCUUGAGAAUAUCAUAAUUGAUGCUGAAGCAGUGCCUGAAACUUUGAAAGAAACAGAAAAUGUGAAUGAACAAGUCGACGACACAAAGGAAGAAGGAAGAGAGGAAGUUGAAUUAGGAAAACCAGAAAGCAAUAGCCAAAAGUGGGGUUUCGACUUCAAAGAAAUGGUCAGCUUUAGGAACAAAUCCAUCGGUAAGUUAGAUUGGAGGAAUUGGACAGCAGGUUUAGUCAAAACAUCGUAACAUACUGUCCCUCGUGUUCUGCUGGCUCUUGCUAAUGGAUCAGUUUUUUGUAUUUUAGAAUGGAGAUAUCCCGGUAUCUUUGCUAUAUAUGUUCUUCAAAGAGGUGUAAAUUUGGUAGGAACAUCAUCUUCUCUGUAGCACAUAAUGCAAGUUCCUUUUCUCAAUCUUGUAUUUAGUUUGUAUAGGGAACAAUUUUUUUCCUCUCUCUCAAUAGUCUUCUUCUCCAUAGAGGCAACCACAACAACAUAUCCAGUGAAAUCCCAUAGGUGAGGUCUGGGAGGGUAGAGUGUAUGUAAACCAUACUCCUACCUUGUGGAGGUAAGGAGAUUGUUUUCGAAGGAUCCUUGGCAAUGGUUGAGAGCUAAUUAGAGGGUAAUAUGUUCUAUGAUCUUGGUGUUGCUAGAUUGUAUUUAAAGCUCAAAUUAAUGUAAAGAGGCUUUUUUCCCCUCUUUUUCAUGUACUUUUGCUCAAGCAAGCAUUUGCGAUAAUUCAAAUUAUAGUGUCAUGAGUUUGAAUUCAA